AUAUGGCUGAAGGAUUUCAGGAGGUAAAAAAAGUUGCUGCUAAAACAGAUUGUUCGCUACAAAAUUUAAUGAAUGCUAUACAUCAAGAUGAUAAGAUAAAAUGUGCUGAACUAUUGUCAAAUAUUAGUGUGAGAAAACUAAAUCAUUUGGUUAGAUUGAAAUACGAGGGGUAUGCUGGUUACACAGUGACACCACUUCUAUGGGCGGUAAUAAAAGGUCAUCAUGAAAUUGUUCAGCUUUUGUUAACAAAGAAUGUCAAUGUGGAUAAAAUCGGAACAUAUUUAGAGGGUGAAACAUUGCAUUCUACAUCUUCUCUACUUGUAGCUGUGAGGAAACAGGAUAGUAAAAUAAUUAAAUUUCUCUUAGAUAAUGGAGCUUGCGUGCAACAUGGGGUUCCCGGGCAGAGAAUGGAAGAAGAAGAAGGGGGUUUCUUGCAAUAUGAAAAAGACAUAGUUCCUUUGAAUGAAUGUAUUGGACGGGAUAUAGAUAUUUUCAAAAUGAUGUUGUCACAUGCUGAUAUCACAUUAGAAUAUGGCACAGAAGAACAUACCUGUCUUUGUUAUACACUUGAACACUUUACAGAUGAUAUGUCCAGUUUGAGUUGUAUAAAGGAAGUGCUCAGACGUGGCGGAGUAUUUUGUGUAAGUGAAAAAUUGAAACAUUCGUUUUUUUCUGGACAAAAAAUGUGUUGGAACUUUAGAAUAUUUAUGUGGAUACUAUUAUCAAAGAAAUGUGAAUUAGGUUUAGAAAGAUACUCAAUUCACAUUAAUUGCCUUCGAUUAUUGUUGUGUACGGACUACUCUCAUAAGAAUUCCUUCAUUUAUAAUGUUUGUAAGCAUUUUCUAGCAUUAGUUGAAGCAGAAGGUCCACAGUCAGAGUUUUGUGUUGAAGCAGUACCACCGGAGAUGAUUCAGAUAUUACAGUCUACAAAGAUGCCGUCUUCUCUGCUACAUAUUACUCUAGCUGCAGUUAGACAAUUGCUUAAACCGGUUAGUUAUCAGAAACUUGAAAAUCUGAAUUUGCCAGAUAGAUUGGUAAAAUGUCUUAUGUUAGAUGAUAUUUACAAAAUGUAAACUAAAAAUCGAGAAUAUAUAGUAGAAGUUAUA